AUGCUCCAGUAUUUAGUUCGGCAGGUCCUUUGGACCAUCAGCGUCUCAGCGCAGCUGCUCGCAGCAAUGGGCCUGGGCUUCAAAUGGAUUUCAAUGGCCAUUCGUUUACUCGUCUUUGCGCUGCUCAUCCUGUGGUACUUCAUCCCACACAUUUGUGCGUACAUCAUGUCGCCAAAUAUCAUUCGCCGUGUCUCGUACCGCUCCUCCAAACGGACACGGCAGCGCAACCUGCAGAUAUUCCUCCAGCAGGUCAAAAGUAUCCCCCCGGUGAGGCGCAAGGAAAACGGGCGUGAGGUCUCAGAGGACCCCGCUGAGCAGCGCUCUGGCCCUGAUAUGGAUGCGGUUGAACUGCUGGCAACGAAGCUAAACCCCGCCGAUGGUCGGUUGAUGAUGGGGCUGCCGCGGCGGCUUUCUUCCCCCACGCGAACAACAGAGGUGUUGGACGACGAAAAGGUGAUGAAAAUCGGCUCCUUCAGCGACACCGUGGCUUUUAUUCAAAGUUACUACGCCACUGCUUCUGCUGGGGAACAUGCGGCAAGUAACGGCGUUCCAGCGGGGGAGCAUAAAAAUCCUGACUGGGCGUCGGACGCGGCCCAGGAGCCGAAUUCAACGGGAGAUUCAGAAGACGAGGAGGACGAAGAGGACAGGAACAAUCUUCAUAAUCGCGCUGCACUUGACAUUUACUUGCCGAUUCCCCUUGACUCCCUGUUUCGCAUGAUGGAACAGGAGAAAAAGAUCUCGCCACGAUCAAGACUUCAGCACAAAAAAUUCCCUGUUGUGAUUUCUUUUAAUGGCGGUGCAUGGAUUGUUGGGUUUUACCUCUGGAACUUUCUUUUGGCUCCGCUUCUUGCAGCACGUGGGUAUGUUGUGUUCUGCCCGGACUACCGUAACUUCCCACAGACAGACAUGGAGGGAAUGAUACUUGAUGUGUCAGACGCCAUUGGAUGGGUGAUAAAUAACGCUGGGCGCUACGGUGGGGAUCCCGAGGACAUCACAGUCAUUGGGCAGUCAGCCGGCGCUCAUCUCACGAUGAUGUCAAUUCUUUCCCAGGCGCAAUUGAGCGCGCGUGCUGCGUCUGGUGGGACAGCACCAAGCGACAUGGCGUACAAUGUACCCCGAUACAACCCUCGGGUUUCCAUUCGUCAAUACAUUGGACUGAGUGGCAUUUAUAAUAUUCGCGGUCUGGUGAAACAUUUUGAUCGACGAGGGCUUUAUCGCAAUGUGCUCUACCAGAUCGCCGGUGGCCGCUCCAAUCUGCCCCGGUACUCGCUGAACUCUUACUUUGAUGAGCGUCGCUGCGGUGACACAGGGGAAGUGCUGCCAGAAAACAUCUUUGAUUUUCUCCCGCAGCGCAUGUACUUUAUUCACGGAGAUGCGGACUGCAGUGCCCCGUUUUCAGAGUCGGCAAAUCUCGCCUUUUUCAUGCGGAACGCCCAACGUGCACGAUUGGCCGAGCAAUACACAAAUGGUGGUCAAACUAUGGGCAUCUGUCUGGCACCACCCGUGGAUAUAAAGUACAUUUUGGUGCCAGGAGCAACCCACACGGAUGCCAUCAUUGAAGAAUGCCUGGCGGCGAGGGAGAGCCACGUUGUUGAUUUUUUGUGUUACUACAGCACCGACAAUGAAGAGCGGGAUAAAUGCCUCAACAACAGCAACGGCUUUCGCGAUGUGAAUAACAAGAGGGACGAGGACGAUGGCCAACUUGACCCAUCAAGACACCCGGACGGCGUACUGCCUUCGCCCGCACCGCACAGCGAGAGACCGAUGCUGAUACGAUUGAGCAGCUACGUUUGUCCUUUCUGA